AUGGACAUCCGUGAGAGGCUCUAUCUCUUGGUCAAAUACAAAGGAGCAGAGGAAAUGAUGACUGAACCUCACUUUAGUCCGUGGAUCGCAAAGUUUGAUGAUGUCGUCUCCCGCAUGUUUUAG